AUGGUGGACAUGGGGGGCCUGGACAAUCUCAUCGCCAACACAGCCUACCUGCAGGCGCGCAAGAGCAGGGACGCGGACAGCCGCGAGCUGCAGCGGCGCCGCCGCAGCCUGGCCCUGCCCGCGCUGCCCAGCUGCGAGCCGCUGCGCCGGGCGCUGCCCCGCGACUUCCACAGCCUGUGCGAGCUGCAGCCCAUCGGCCGCCGCCUCUUCGGGGCCUUCCUGGCCACCGUGCCCGCCUACGGCCCGGCCGCCGCCUUCCUGGAGGACGUGCAGGCCUGGGAGCUGGCCGAGGAGGCCCCGGGCCGCGCGCGCGCCGGGCAGGCGCUGCUGGCCACCGGCGCGGCCAGCCCGCACCCCUUCCUCAGCCCCGCGCUGGCCGACAGGUGCCAAGCCGCCGGCCCCGACGAGCAGGACGCCCUGGUGGCCCUGGCCAAAGCGGAGGCCGUGGCCUUCCUGCAGGACCGGCCCUUCCAGGAGUUCCUGGGCAGCCCCUUCUACGACAAGUUCCUGCAGUGGAAGGCCUUCGAGCGGCAGCCCGUGUCCGACAAGUACUUCACCGAGUUCCGGGUGCUGGGCAAGGGCGGGUUUGGGGAGGUCUGCGCCGUGCAGGUGAGGGACUCGGGCAAGAUGUAUGCCUGUAAGAAGCUGGACAAGAAGCGACUGAAGAAGAAGAAUGGGGAGAAGAUGGCGCUGUCGGAGAAGGAGAUCCUGGAGCGCGUCCGCAGCCCCUUCAUCGUGUCCCUGGCCUACGCCUUCCAGACCAAGUCCCACCUCUGCCUGGUCAUGAGCCUGAUGAACGGCGGGGACCUCAAGUUCCACAUCUACCACGUGGGCACGCGGGGCCUGCCGCUGAGCCGCGUGGUCUUCUAUUCGGCGCAGAUGGCCUGCGGCCUGCUGCACCUGCACGCCCAGAGCAUUGUCUACCGGGACCUGAAGCCCGAGAACGUCCUCCUGGACGAUGCCGGCAACUGCAGGCUGUCCGACCUGGGGCUGGCCGUGCAGGUCCCCGAGGGCAAGGCCAUCACACAGAGGGCUGGGACCCAUGGCUAUAUGGCCCCUGAAAUCCUCAUGGAGAAGGCGAGUUACUCCUACCCCGUGGACUGGUUUGCGCUGGGCUGCAGCAUUUACGAGAUGGUGGCCGGGCGGACGCCGUUCAAAGACUACAAGGAGAAGGUGACGAAAGAGGACUUGAAGCAGAGGACCCUGAGGGACGAGGCCAGCUUCCAGCACGAGAACUUCACCGAGGACACCAAAGCCAUCUGCCGUCUCCUCCUGGCCAAGAAACCAGAGCAACGCUUGGGCAGUAGGGGCAAGUGUGAUGACCCCCGGAAACACCCCUUCUUCCAAGCCAUCAACUUCCCGCGCCUGGAGGCCGGCCUGGUGGAGCCGCCGUUCGCGCCCGACCCCUCCGUGGUCUACGCCAAGGACGUCGACGACAUCGAGGACUUCUCGGAGGUCCGCGGGGUCGAAUUCGACGACAGAGACAGAGACUUCUUCGAGAGAUUCGCCACCGGGGCGGUGCCCACGGCGUGGCAGGAGGAGAUGCUGGAGACGGGCCUGUUCGAGGAGCUCAACGACGCCAGCCGGCCCGCGGCCAGCGCCAGGUCCGCCGUGUGUGCGCUCCUCUAG